AUGGGGAUCCAAGACACCCUGAAAGAAGUCACGAGCAGAGCCGACGUGGCCGCGCUGCGUGACAACAUCUCCAAUUUCGUCCAAGCCCACCCGAGGCUCGCAAUCGGCGCCUCCCUGUUGCUCUGCCACACGCUGCUAUGCAGGACCUUGCGCUUUCGCCGGCUGCGCAAGAUGCAGGCCAAGCACCCCUACAAGACCCGGGCCGACCUGGCGCGCAUGACCAACGACGAGGCGCAGGAGAUCCAGAAAGAGCUCAUCCAAUGCGAGUUUCCCUUCACCAUGAACAAGGCGCUGCAGUUUGCCCUGUUCCGCACAUACGGCAUUCCGACCAUCAGUAAGCUGCUCGUGCAGACCCAGCAGCUCUCCCAGAAGGAGCACGCAUCCAGGCGCUACGUCGACACCGAAGUGCUGAUUCAGGACUUCAUGGUGAAUGCUCCCGAAUCAGAGCGUGCCAACGGAGCAAUUGCGCGCAUGAAUUACUUGCACAGCCUAUACCGCAAGUCCGGCAAGAUCUCCAACGACGAUUUGCUGUACACGCUGGCCCUGUUCGCUCUUGAGCCGAAGAACUGGAUCAAUCGCUAUGAAUGGCGUAAGCUCACCGACCUGGAAACAUGCGCAAUUGGAACCUUCUGGAAAUCUAUGGGCGACGCUAUGGAAAUCUCCUACGACGCUCUGCCGGGUGCGGAGAAGGGCUGGAAUGACGGCAUCCAGUGGAUGGACGAGGUCGCCAAGUGGAGCCAGGAGUACGGAGAGAAGUGCAUGGCCCCCCAUCAGGACAACAAGAAGACUGCCGAUGAGACGACUGCCAUGCUGCUCUACGACGCUCCCUCGUCCGUGCACCCCGUCGGCUUCAAGGUUGUCUCGGCACUCAUGGACGAACGCCUGCGGAAAGCCAUGAUGUAUCCGGAUCCUCCCGCCGGCUUGAUCUCGACUAUCAACGUCGCCUUCAAGAUACGGGCGUUCUUGUUGAGAAACUUUGCUCUGCCACGGCCGCAAUUCCUGCGGUCACAGCGAAUGUCUGACGAGCCCAACAAGGACGGGCGAUACUACCAACUUUCCUACGACGUCGACCCUUGGUACGUUGAUGAUAGCUUCUCCAAUCGUUGGGCAUUGAAGUCUUGGUUGAAGUGGAUGGCCGGCAAGCCAUAUCCUGGAAGUGCGGGCUUUAAGUCUGAAGGCUACGUCCUCGCAGAGAUUGGUCCCAAGAACCUCGAAGGCAAGGGGACCGAAUACGUCACGCAGACAAAGGGCCGUCUGCUUGAACAGGGCCGUGGCGGUUGUCCUUUUGCUGUAGCAAAACGCUAG